CUAGAAUCCGGAUAUUUGUAUGUUGUAGAGCUACCGGGAGUAAGCGAGCGAAUCUAGCAUUAGAAAACGGACUGCAGAUACCUACCGGGAGCCGAGUCCCGAGAUCUCCUUAGCUGUCAGUCAAGGAACUAAAGGAAGGGCUUAAUUCAGAUUCCAUCAUGGCUUCAGACCCUCUCUCAGACCUCCAUGAUGACUUGGAGAAGGAUGAAACAAAUCAGUUCCUGGACCAGCUGAAAUUGGCUUCUCUUGAUGACAAAAACUGGCCCCCUGAUGAUGUCCAGGAUUACCCCAAGUCAGCUGACGACUCAAAAGUUUCUCCUGACCCUGUGUCACACUUGCGUUGGGAUGACCCUUACUAUGACAUUGCUCGUCAUCAAAUCGUGGAGGUAGCAGGUGAUGACAAGUAUGGACGCAAAAUUGUGAUGUUCAGUGCUUGCCGUUUGCCACCAUGUCACGAACUUGACCAUAUCAAACUUCUGGAGUAAGUGUCCACCUGCUGAUAUUCUACCCUGAAACACCUGGG